UAUGACACAAAAUUUGAAUCCAUAACUCAGAUUAACGAGGUUAGUAGUAGCCGGUAAGCCAGUGCCACCAACCACCAUUUCUCUCAGUCACACAGAUCUACAUUCUUCAUCUAUAAAUAACCACAAUACACUUCCUCACAUUCCGCGCUUCGCUUCUUCCUUCUUUCUCCUCCUAACCUCACAUUCUUCAUUCCCAACCAAUAGGAGAGAUUUAUAGAUAAACGAUAAAAAUGAAGGUAAUAGAUAAAAUUCAAGGAUCUGCGGCGGAUCCGAACAGAGUAGUUUUCUCGUUCGAGUUUUUUCCGCCGAAAACCGAAGAUGGAGUUGAUAAUUUGUUUGAGAGAAUGGACAGAAUGGUUGCUCAUAAUCCUUCAUUUUGUGAUAUCACUUGGGGUGCUGGAGGAACAACUGCUGAUCUGACGUUGGAAAUUGCCAACAAGAUGCAGAAUAUUAUUUGUGUUGAGACUAUGAUGCAUCUUACUUGCACUAAUAUGCCUGUGGAUAAGAUUGAUCAUGCUCUUGAGACUAUUAAGGGUAAUGGGAUUCAGAAUGUGCUUGCUCUCCGUGGAGAUCCGCCUCAUGGGCAGGAGAAGUUCGUUCAGGCUGAAGGUGGAUUUGCUUGCGCGCGUGAUUUGGUAAAACAUAUCAAAAGCAAAUACGGCGACUACUUUGGCAUUACUGUUGCUGGUUAUCCAGAGGCACAUCCAGAUGUUAUAGGAAAUGAUGGGUUGGCUCCACUGGAAGGUUAUCAAAGUGAUCUUGCUUACUUGAAGAGCAAGGUUGAUGCUGGAGCCGAUUUGAUUGUCACCCAGUUAUUUUAUGACACUGAUAUAUUCCUCAAAUUUGUGAACGAUUGUCGCCAAAUUGGAAUAACUUGUCCUAUUGUGCCUGGAAUUAUGCCCAUUAACAAUUACAAGGGCUUUAUCCGCAUGACUGGUUUUUGUAAAACAAAGAUACCUGCUGAGAUAAUGGCUGCUUUAGAGCCAAUCAAGGACAAUGAAGAAGCUGUCAAGGCUUAUGGAAUACACCUGGGAAUUGAAAUGUGCAAAAAAAUUAUGGCUCAUGGAAUUAAGACAGUGCAUCUUUACACGCUAAAUAUGGAGAAAUCGGCAUUGGCGAUACUAAUGGGCCUUGGCUUAAUUGAAGAAUCCAAAAUUUCUAGAUCCUUACCUUGGAGACGCCCUACAAAUGUUUUCCGUAUUAAAGAAGAUGUCCGCCCAAUAUUUUGGGCAAAUCGUCCAAAAAGCUACAUAUCCAGGACCAUAGGAUGGGAUCAAUACCCACAUGGGCGUUGGGGUGAUUCCGGUAACCCUUCAUAUGGCGCAUUAACUGACUAUCAGUUUUUGCGGCCACGUGCAAAGGACAAGAAGCUUAUUGAAGAAUGGGCAGUUCCCUUGAAAAGCGUUGAAGAUAUUUAUGAGAGAUUCAGACUGUUUUGCCUGGGAAAGUUGAGAACCAAUCCUUGGUCAGAACUUGAUGGUCUUCAGCCAGAGACAAAGAUCAUAAACGAGCACCUGGAGAAGAUUAACACGAAGGGCUUCCUUACCAUUAAUAGCCAGCCAGCAGUCAACGGCGAAAAGUCAGAUUCUCCUACUGUAGGCUGGGGUGGACCUGGUGGGUAUGUUUACCAGAAGGCAUACUUAGAGUUCUUCUGCUCUAAGGAAAAACUGGAUGCACUUAUCGAGAAAUGCAAGGAUCGCCCAUUCCUAACAUAUAUGGCUGUGAAUAAAGAAGGGGUUUGGAAAUCUAAUGUGGGUCAAACAGAUGUGAAUGCUGUGACAUGGGGGGUCUUCGCAGCUAAGCAAAUAUCCCAACCAACCGUUGUAGAUUCUGUCAGCUUCCACUCAUGGAAGGAUGAGGCAUUUGAAAGUUGGUAUAGAGGAUGGGCAAGCUUGUACCCUGAGGCCGACGCAUCCAGGAAAUUAGUUGAAGAGGUGGGAAGCAGCUACUUCUUGGUCAGUUUGGUGGACAAUGAUUAUGUCAAUGGUGAUAUUUUUGGUGUGUUUGCUGAUUUCUGAAACGAGUGUCUUACUAUAUUAGUUCUUUAUCGAAGGAAGUUCUGCUGCUUUGAGUUUUUUACCUUCUUUUCUUUCUUCCCUUAAACGUGAUUAUUCAUACUAUAUAUGAUUGUAUGUUGAAGUGGCAAAUGAAUUGUCUGAACAUAUGGCAACAUCUUAACUUUGUCAUGUUUCAGAGUCUCAUGAGUAGUCUGUAAUUUCAUAAAAUCGCAUUUAUGUUGACUUGAAAACAAGUCACUUAUUCCUCUGAAUUUGAUUGUUGUAUGAGACCGAAUAUUUAUUUAUAAAUAUAUGUGUGGAAGUAGAAAUAGAAAACUGAAGUCUUAUGUAUUGCAA